AUGAGACAGUUCUCGGAUGGAGCGAGUGCUGCAAACAUGGAUUUAAAAAAGAACAGCAGUGAUGUUUUGAAACGAUUCAUUGUGGACAAAAUCCGAGCGACUGGUCCAAUAACAGUGGCCGAAUACAUGAAAACAGCUGUUAGUGCACCUUCAGUUGGAUACUACGGAUCUUACUCGGACGCUCAAAAGGCAAGUCAAAUUCGUUCUAAGAAGACGAAUAGCAUGGAAAUAACCUGUCUAAACAAGUCUUUCUUGGUUUUCGGAGAAAAAGGCGACUUUAUUACCGCUCCAGAACUUACACAACUUUUCGGUGAACUUAUUGGUGUUUGGUGCUAUUAUGAGUUAGCUAAUACAGGACAUAGAGGGCCUUGGCAACUUGUUGAAUGUGGUCCCGGAACAGGUCAGCUUAUGAGCGAUCUACUCUCAGUGAUGGAAAAGUUCCAGGAGAAGAAUUUAUCAGUUCACUUAGUUGAAACCUCCGAUGCCUUAAUCCAACAGCAAGAAGAAUUGCUUUGUGGAGGUCCAUCCACCUCUUCAGCCUUGUCAAACGAUGGAAAAGAGGUCGUUGUGAGGAAGAACAUCACAAAAACCGGAUUUUCUAUAUUUUGGUACAAAACAAUUGAUGAUGUUCCAGAAGCGUUUUCCGUGUUCGUUUCCAACGAGUUUUUGGAUGCAUUACCUGUCCAUCAGUUCAGUCGCGAUGAUGAUGGGACAUGGCAUGAGGUUUACAUCAAUAUCGACAAAGACAAUGAGCUGUGCUUCAUGAGAUCUAAAGGAGAAAAUUUGCAUACUAGAGGUUUGAUCCCUGAAGAGAUCAGGAGUGAUAGGGAGCGUAACCACUGGGAAUGUAGUCCUGAAGCUGGGACUUUUGUCAAUCAAGUAACUGAAAGGAUAAUUUAUAAUGGUGGUUUCGGCAUAAUAAUUGAUUACGGUCACAAUGGUUCUCGCAGCGAUCUUUCUUUCAGAGCAUACGAAAAGCAUCAACUGGUAAAUCCUUUAAGCCGGCCGGGCGCUAUUGAUUUAACUGCUGACGUGAAUUUCGGUUACUUGAAGUCGCUAAUUGACGAUCGUGUUGCUGUAUUUGGUCCUACCACACAACGUGAAUUUCUUGCGCAACUGGGAGCAGAACUACGUUUGCGGAGGCUUCUAAAGUCUUGCAACGACAGAGAAAAGCAGGAGCAUUUAAUCAAAUCCUACAACUUCCUCAUGGGUGAUAUGGGCGAAAAGUUUUUGGCAAUGUGUAUGUUCCCAAAAACACUUAAUGGAAUUUUGGAGAAAAGAGGAGGACCCGCUGGCUUCAGUACUCUACGACAUUCUAUCUCACCUAGAAGUACGUAG